UAACUAUUUGGCCAAAAUUUACGUUGGUAAUGCAGACUGCAUGAAGAGUUUUGAAAUGGGGCUAAUGCUUGUUAGCAGUUGAAACUGUAAGAAGUAAGCAAGAGGUGGAGUGAGGGAGUGAUUUGCUCUGUGAAUGCGAGUGCAAUGUGAACACAUACAAAGGUUGUGCCGUUCCUGAGGAAGGCGUACGAUUCAGCUGAGAACACAAUCUGAGGACGAUGAGUCGUUCAUUGAUUCGCUAUGGAAAAGGAAAGAAACAUUUCCAGCUGCCCUCAGAUUGAUUUACCCUUCACUCGGGUGUUUUUGCCAGCUGUCUAUGUCACGGUUUUUAUUGUCGGAGUCUUCGCUAAUAGUUUUGGACUUAAGUCAGUCUGCUGCAAGUGGGGAAAGCUUGGGAAUAUAAACAUUUUCAUUCUCAAUCUCGGUGUUGCGGAUCUACUUUAUGUCUUUACCUUGCCUUUCUUGGUUAUGUAUUAUGCUGGGAACAGCAGGUGGAUCUUCGGCCAGACCUUCUGCAAAAUCACAAGGUUUUGCUUCAAUAUGAACCUCUACGGCAGUAUAGGAUUCCUCACCUGCUUGAGUGUAUACAGGUACCUCGGCAUCGUUCAUCCCAUGUGGGUGAUGGGGAAAAUAAACACAAAGAUCUCAGUGACGAUCUGUGUCCUGGUCUGGAUUCUUGUUUUUAUUCAGAUCCUGCCGGACAUGUUCUUUGAGAAAUCCAAGCCAAACUCCUCAGACUCAUGUUACGAUACCACCACGGAUCAGUGGAUUUAUGACUAUCUGUCCUACAGUCUGGGAUGGACCUUCACUGGGUUUGUUGUCCCACUUCUUAUAGUGUUUUGGUGCUACGGUCAAAUCAUCAUAGUCCUCGCCACUAAGACCAACAUGGACACGUUACUGAAGCAGCUGUGCAUCCGACUGAUCUGUGUUUUAACGCUUUUGUUCACAGUUUGUUUUAUCCCCUACCACGUCUUCAGAAAUCUGAAUUUACUGACGAGAAUAUUAAAGAAGCAGGGCAUUUGUG